AUGGAGGCAAAAAGCGGUAAGGGAAAAAAGAAGAAAGGGGGAGAUCGUAAGAAUAAAGAAAAGUCUGGCGGUGCGUCGGGAAAAAAUGGAAAAGGUCCGAAGAAAAGUACUAGAAGCUCAAAAAAGAGCGCGGGCAAAUCUCGAUUUGGGAUGGAUAUAUUCAAUGAGGAAAUGAUGGACAACGCUUACUAUACCUGUCACAACAUCAUGGACGUUUUGAAGUAUAGAGGUUUCCCUUGGCCCGAAAUCCAGAAGAAAAAAAAUAAGAAAAAACGUUAAACACCAAGAAAUUUCAUUUGCGAAUUUGUGCUAAAAAUAUUUCUUCCAGUUUUAUUUUCACGUUAAUGUGGUCCUUACAAGUGGGUAAAAAAAAAAACCAUCACUUUGGAGGCCAUGAAGGAUCCAAAGAUGAUAUGGUACUGUAGUAUAAACAUUUUGCACUCCUUUAUACGGACAUUUUUCUUAUUAGGUGCAUCAGAUAAAUUCAUGAAAUUAACACAGUGUCAAUAAAAAGUUUUCAAAGCUACUUCUUUGCUUUGUAUUUUACAUAUUUGUAGUCUCGAUUUUCUUAGAUCUCUUGUACGAGAGGUGACAUUGUACUGCUUACGUUGUUUCCAACGGUGUAUCUGAUUACAAGAGUUAAUUAAUGAAAUUUAAAACUCCAA